AUGCGUCCCAAAGCUUGUUUGAUAAAAUGUAAAUUGUUGUUAAAAUGUGUUAUGAAAAACAUAUUUAAAAUGGGUACAAGGUUUGUGAGAUUACUUAUAAAGAUAAGUCGGAUGAGAAUUUUGUGGAUUUUAUUACUGUUUUUAAUUGCUUUGCUGAGUUAUACCAGGAAAUGUGAAAGUGACCAGUUAAAAAACUACUAUGUGAAAAAACAUUCUUCUAAUCCUGUGAUAGUGUGGUGGACAUCCAAUUUUCCUGGCACAAUGGAAGUAAGAUAUUGCUCAAGCCACAUAAAAUGUGAUAUUUAUAGUAACAAAAAUGCAAGUCUGCAAUAUAAUGUCAGUGCUUAUUUAUUCUAUGGAAGCAACAUUGAAAUUGAAGAUUUACCCCGUAAACAUCCUAGAGAAAUUUGGGGUCUAUAUCAUGAGGAGUCACCAAGAAAUUUGGAAGUUCUGAUGCAUGAAUCCAUGUUGAGUCUUUUCAAUUUCUCGGCUACGUUCAGUCGAUAUAGUAAUGUCCCAUUUCCAUUGCAAUAUAUGGGAUCUAUAGAUGAUAUAACAAGUACAGAAUAUUUUAUACCAACUUCUGUGAAAAAUGGUUUAUUAAAUAGGAUAUCUUCCAUAAUAUAUUUACAAAGUGAUUGUGAAACAUCAACAGAGCGAGAUACAUAUGUCAAAGAACUAAUGAAAUAUAUACAGAUUGAUUCAUAUGGCGCAUGUCUGAAUAAUAAAAAGUUACCCAAACAGUUUUCUGAGGAUUACCUAAACAAUUUAAAUGAGGAUAAUUUUCUAAAAUUUGUAGCAAGGUAUAAAUUUGUUGUUGCUAUAGAGAAUGGAGUGUGUGAAGAUUAUGUGACUGAGAAAUUUUGGAGAGCAAUAAAAGUUGGCAGUGUACCAAUAUAUUUUGGAUCACCAUCUAUAAGAGAUUGGUUUCCAAAUAACAAGUCUGCUAUUCUUCUCGACGAUUUUCCGACACCAGAGGUUAUGAGCAAGCACAUUAAAAAACUAUUAAACAAUGAUAAUUUGUAUGAUGAAUAUUUGGAACAUAAAAUUAAAAAGGUCAUUACUAAUCAACGACUAGUUGAAGAGAUACAAGCAAGGCCAUAUCAGGGAGAUGGCAUACAAUCAGUAGAAAAAUUUGAAUGUUUUAUAUGUGAGAAAUUGCAUAAUAAAUCAGGACUAGGAAUAAACAUAGUAGACAAAAGUCAUUACGAUUGCCCAAAACCUGUAUCGGCGUUAACAUUGUCUGUGAAUCCAACAAAUCCCUGGGUAUAUUCAUGGAAGUAUGCCAAAAAUAGGGCUCAUGAACUCUAUAAUAUGCUGGCUUAUGGAUAA